UUUGGAGGGGUGGAGAAUAACUUUUGGCUUGAUAGCCAAUAGGGAGGAGACAGGAGACGUCCCUGCCUGUGUGGAUUUGCCCUGGCGGAGCUUCAAAGGGUCUAGCCGGCGGGGUGCGCGAGCUGAGCCGGGCCUGGGGCGAUUUUAUUUCCAUUCCUGUGUUUUCCUAGGCCGAACAAGGAACUGGGUUCGCGUCUUUCCAAGCUGAACGUCUCACACGCGCAGUUUUGGGUCUCAGAAUUUCGUCGGAUUGCCGCGGACCUAUCGAGGGAUUGUGUGAGUGAUCUUGGCGACGAUCCCGCAGCUUUCACCCCGUCUGUGCGGCAGAUUGUGGUGCUAGGGGUCAGGCCAGACGGCCCGUGACUGAGACCGUGGAUCCGCUAGCUGUCCUGGGGAUCAGCCCUCUCUUUACUCUCGGCUCUGGCCCAGACCAGCCCUGUAAACACAGUGCAGUCAGCAUUUCGGAGUUUAUCAGGAAGUUUGGGGCUCAUUGAUUAGUGUGAGCAACAGGUCAGUGCUGAGCCACAGUAUUAUCGAGGACGGGCCUACUAUAAACUAGGACUGUGUGUUUUGGAGGACGCUUACCGGCUCUUUCUGAUUGUACUGUCCUGACGAUGUUUGCCGUAUACUAACGUGGAGAUAGGAGUUUCGGCAUGGGGAUUGAUGCCCGUCGCUUUUCAGGGCCUGUGUCGCCCGACUUGCUGUGUUCUCUGUGUGGAGGAGUUUUGCAGGACCCGCUAGCUACACCGUGCGGACAUGUCUUCUGUGCGGGGUGCGUGCUGCCCUGGGUGGAACUACGCGCCUGUUGCCCGUUCCUCGGGGGAGAGAAUGUGGCGUGCGGCGCGACCAUCCCGUCUGUUCGGGACCUGCACCACGUCCUCCCCCUUCGCAGCCUGGUCCUCUCCCUCCCCGUGCUGUGCGACCACGACGGGCGGGGCUGCGAGACGGUGGUGCCGCUGAGGGAACUUGGAUCGCACCUUGACCGAUGUGACUACACCCCCGUGCCCUGCCGUAACCCCGGCUGCAGGGAGAUGGUCAACUGCAAGGAUCACGACCAACACCAGCGCGAGCUGUGCCCCUUCCGACCCGCAGGAGUCUGCCAACAAGGAUGUGGCCUUACCCUCACCCACAAAGACGCUUCGUCUACAGAACACGACUGUAUCAAAGCCUUACAAAAUCUGGUCUCCUCCCUGCAGCUAAAGCUCUCCAGGGCCGAUCAGGACGACAAGAAACGUGCUGUUCGAUUCUCCAAGCGAGAGAAAGCCUUGCUGGCCCAGAUCGCCACUCUCCAGAGCGAGAUCCACAUGCAAGCCCUGAGAUUUCAGAAGAAAAUCACGGACUACAGGGCACAGAUCGACUACUUUACCAGAAGGAAUUGGCAGCCUGGAGAGGAACAACGACUUACAGUGAUCCUGGAGCGAGUGGAAGGCAUGCUGGGAUUUAACAUCAUGGGAGGAAAUGUGGGAGAUGGGAUUUCUUCGGAGGGCAUCUACGUGUCACGAAUCGUGGAGAAGGGUCCGGCAGACGAGCAGGGGAAGCUGCGAAUCCAUGAUCGCAUCAUGCAGGUGAACGGAAAGGACCUUAGUAAAGCGAGCCAUGAAGAGUCAGUGGAGGCUUUUCGCACUGCAAAGGAACCUAUCGUUGUGGAAGUUGUGCGGAGAUCUAGCGUUGCGCGGCAAGGGACGGCUAAGCCGGAUCGGCGGGAGCCAUGUCUAGUGGACGCGGCUGUGCAGACGGACAUCGGUCCGGACCCGUACUACAUGUUGGGGAUGUACAGACCUCCCACCCCUCCGCCCCUCAGCAUGCAGGGUACAGCUCCCCAUCCCUAUGGUGACCCCAUGCUGUAUGAUGCUGCGGAAGACUUGGAGUUUGCAGAUGACCUUCCACCAUUGGACGACAAUUACAACAUUGAAUAUGAGGAGGUGACGCUGUGCCGAACAACCAGCGAAGACAAGCUUGGUCUGACCCUCUGCUAUGGAACAGACGAGGAGGAGGACCUGGGUAUCUAUGUGAGCGAGAUUGAUCCACUAAGCGUUGCAGGGAAGAGCGGCAGAAUAAGAGAGGGAGAUCACAUUGUUCAGAUCAAUGGUGAGGAAGUUCUGAAUAAGGACCAUGCCGUGCGCCUCUUCUCUGAGGACAAGUCGGAGAUUAAGCUCCUGGUGGCCAGACCUGACACACGGUUUGAUGAGAGCUGGCUGGAGGAGGAGAGGAACAUGAUUCUGGACGAACUGAACAUGCACAUGUUGGAGCAGCACCACAGCGAUGCCAUGCGCUACACAGCAGCCAUGCUGGACUACAAUGAGCGCAGACACAGCAAGGAGGAGGAAGGCACGACAGACUCAGCCACGAGCACCUCCAACCAGCACGAGAAGGACAGCGGGGUUGGUCGCACGGACGAGAGCACAAAGAACGACGAGAGUUCGGAGCAAGACCUCGGGGAGGACCAGAGCUCCCACCGUCUUGGCAGCGGCGAGCUCCGCAACAGCAACUCCAGCUUCACGUCCAACGAGCAGGAAUUUGGGCAGGAGAUCACUGCCGAACAGUGUGCGCAGUUUCAGAAGGAGCUGGAAAGGAAGUGCAAUGAGUCGUACGGCACCAGGGACACGGGCACCCUGUCGGACGUCAGUGAGCGCGAGCUGGAGGUGUUGAACAGACGUAUGGAGGGGAUGAGCUUCCACACCAUGCCACACUACCCGAGGGACGUGACUCCCUACGACAACCUGUACGAAAACAUCAUGUACUACCACCAGAGAAACACUCCGGAUGUCUUGAGUUCUUACGAAAACCUGGGACACGGCUUGAGGCACCCUGGACCUCAUAGUGUGGGGCCCAAGCCAGACAUUGUGCAGCCAGAAAUGACGGAGAUUGAGAAGGAGGACAAGCAGAGUGACAACUCGUCGAGUGCGUACAACACAGGCGAGAGCUGUCGUAGCACUCCCUUGACCCUGGAGUUCAGUGUUGAUAGCUGCAAACGGUCUGACACUUCAUCAGAAAACGUGGUGACCGUGGUGUCAACACAGCCCACUGCGUCAGUGAAAGUCACCGAAACGUCAAAUGACAGUAGACCAAGCCAGAGCCCUGUCAGAAAGCUUGGCAAGCCGGACUCUGUAAAGGACUUGCGCUCUCGUAGCACCAGUAGAGAAAAGGAGGGCAAAGUUGAAAAGAAGCACAAAGACACAAAGGAAACUCAGAAGAGCCUGCGUAGGGAAAAGCCACCGAGAAGAGAUCGGCAGCAGGAGCAAAGUGUGUACUUUCAGCCUAGGCCACGUUUUGUGGAGAGAGACAGUGUGUACUUCCAACCACGCAACAGACCGAGCAUGUAUGCCUCCCAGCAGAGCAUACGCACCAUGAGCAGUAUGUGCACGUCACAGAUGAGCAUUCCGGUACACGCCCAGCACUACCGGAGCUACAUGCACCUGCUGAAGGCACAGGAGAGAGAGAUGUGCAGGAAGGCACGGCAGAAGGAGGUGGAGAAGGAGCCGCCCAGGGAACAAGUUCGAGAGGAGGAGAAGCCAGAGGAUGACGGGAACUUUGAGUGGAAGGUGAAGAUUCGCAGCGACGGUUCGCGGUACAUCACUCGCAGACCGGUUCGCGACAGGUUACUGAAAGAACGUGCAAUGAAGAUUCAGUGUGGCAGGAAUGCUUCUCUUUCUGGUUUUCUGACAUCCAAGAAGCCCAGUUCAUUCUGAAGGGAAAGCUGAUAGUUGGUGUGCUAUUGGUAGGAAGGGUUAGGUUGAGAUGCUUGCUCAGUGAGCCAAGUCACUUGUACAAACAGUACUUAAUUCUAUGUGGUAUUGGUAACUGCAAACAGUCUUUGAGAAACAAUGUCCAGUCAGUAUGACUUCUGUCAGUUUCAAAAGAGAUGCCUUGCAGAUUCUGUAUUUUUGUCUGAUGGCCUUUUUGUGGCUUCUGUACAAUUUUUAGUCCAUUUUCUAUGGAAAAGAAAGUCAGAUAGAAGGCUUCUAUUGCUGGAAUGGCUUUUUCUCACUCUUGAAUUAAACUGAAAGAGAUUUUCCUGACAGGACAGUACAAUACUGUGACUGCUGUGAACUGGCCAUUCCAUAUCAAUAAAGCUACCUCAUAACUAUGGCAUACCAUUAGGUACAUGUAUGUAAUAUACAUAAUAGAAAAUUAUAUAUGACAUUCCCAAAUCGCAAACAACUAACACGAAACAUGACAGGGAAACUCAAAAGAGUCUUUCUAACAUGACAUUUUAGCCAGAUGUGGAAAAUAUACAUUAAAAACACCUCACUGCAUUAGCUGACUGCAAUGCUUAGACAGGCGCUGGGCCAACAGUCCAAACCCUAAAGAAUCUUUGUAUAAGUAUGCCUCUCUCACAGUUGGUGCUUUGCUUAUAUCUGAACAUUGUAUUUAUAGAAUCUAGAGUCUACUUACCACGUAGGUAGUCCAUUUGUACAGAAGAAAAUGAAUGUGUACUUUGUAAUGAGUUGGCGUGAGUUUUGUAUCUAUAGGAACGGGGAACUCUUAAACAGGGCCAGGAGUGACAAAUGUCAGUUUUUGUAUGAUGUUACCCUUCCCGUUGUAUCUUAACCCCCAUUGUUCAUAAAGUGCCCUAUUGUUAAUAUUUAUAAGUACAUUUAUAUAAUGUUGUCAGCAAACUGAUAGAGUUGGCACUUGUAGCAUGUAGCCUAGUUCUUGUUUGUAAGUAUCACAGAGGAAUUAUCAUACAAGGGAUGUGUUAUUCCUCCCUUUAAUAGCUGACAAAAAUGUACACGACUAAAGGCAAGUUUUAUGAUGAUAAUUAUGAGGUCCUGUAUAUCUUCAGUGAAUACGAAGUUCUGUAAGAAGCAGUUGUGACGUUGGGUUGUGGAAAUGUCUUGUACAGUUCUGUGGCAGACAGUGGAGGGGAGAUGGCGCUAGCAUGUCAUGUUUAGUGCAGAAAGGAAGACUUUGGUAUGGUGAAAAAUGGGCCUUUAUCAGACAGAACUGCUCUUGUCACCUCUGGAAGAGGACAAAUCUUACUUCCUGUAACAAGUACAUAGUUCAAUACGUUUUAAUGAAUGUAUUAUUGGAUAUGGCUAACUUUCUGACCAUUGUAAAAAGCUAUGUUUAUAUUUGUCUUAUUGACACAUAUUGUGAAUUUAAGAUAGGGCACUGCCAACUACAGCUGCCAUUAGGAACAGUCUAAAUCAGAGCAGUUGUGUUUUGUGAAGGCCUGUAUUCAGAGAGGGCGGCCCAUGGGGUCCACUGGGGAGAUUUUGUCUUGCCAAAUUGUGCAUUUUAUGAUCAGAGGUUUUUAAAAUAAAUUAUUGCCUUAUAUU